UGUUGCCUGCUCCGCCUUUAACUUUCUCGGCAACCGAUUUGUAUAUUUUCCCCUCCAUUCACCGGGAAAUCUCUUCCCUUUCUCUCUUCUUUUUUAUUUAUUUUGUCAACUCUUCUUCAAUGGCGGCUUCCCUUCUUCUUAAUCGUGUUUCGCGAACUAGCAGCAGCUCAAUCUCUCUCCAUCGGGUUGCAGGAGCUCUGGGUUUCAAUUCCCUUCAUGCUGGAAGAAUCUCCGGAACACACUUUCCAGAGAGAUUAUUGGCUACUAUUGCUGAAGGAGCUUCCCAUUUCGAUGAGAUGUUAUCAGUGAAUCAGCGAAAGUAUUACCUUCUGGGAGGUAAAGGAGGUGUUGGGAAAACUAGCUGUGCUGCUUCUCUUGCGGUUAAGUUUGCUAGCCAUGGUCACCCGACCAUCGUCGUUUCAACCGAUCCUGCUCACUCCUUGAGUGAUUCUUUUUCCCAGGACUUGUCAGGAGGAGUCUUAAAGCCGGUUCAAGGUGUUGAUUCUCCACUUCUAGCUCUCGAGAUAACACCUGAGAGAAUGAAGGAAGAGAUUAAAAGCCAGACGGGUGAUAAAAGCGUUAAAAAUAUGAUGGACAGCAUGGGGCUAGGAAUGUUUGCCGGCGAGUUAGGGGACUUAAGUCUUGAAGAUAUGCUCAAUGCUGCAUCACCUGGUAUUGACGAAAUAGCAGCUAUUUCCAAGGUUCUUCAAUUUGUGGAGUCACCAGAAUACAGUAGGUUCACGCGUAUAGUUUUCGAUACUGCUCCCACGGGACAUACUUUGCGGCUUCUUUCUCUUCCCGAUUUCUAUGAUUCAUCCAUUAGCAAAAUAUCAAAGCUCAAGAAAAAGAUCACUGCAGCAGCUUCGGCCUUUACGUCCGUCUUUGGUAAAAAGGAGACACAAAAACAAGGACCUUCCAACGAGUUGGACCAACUGAAAGAGAGAAUGGAGAAAGUUCGAAAUGUUUUCCGUGAUGUGGACAGUACUGAGUUUGUCAUUGUAACCAUCCCAACGGUUAUGGCAAUAAACGAGUCUUCGAGGUUACAUGCAUCUUUAAGGAAAGAAAAUGUGCCAGUUCACAGGCUUAUUGUUAAUCAGCUUCUACCUCAGUCUGAAUCCGACUGCAAAUUUUGCUCGAUGAGACGAAAGGAACAAACGCGUGUGCUUGGACUUAUUCAGAACGAUACAGAACUUUCCGGGUUAAAAUUGAUCCAAUCCCCAUUGCUAGAUGCAGAAAUAAGAGGGGUUCCAGCACUAAAGUUCAUGGGUGAUCUCAUUUGGAAAUAAGAAAAUUAGAUUCAGUUUUCAUUUUACAGCGCAUAACAAUAAGUUAAAUGCUUCUUCUGUCCUAGGAUAUGAAAAUCUAGAUGAUGAGAGGAAAACAAAUUACCAAUGUUAUUAACUUUAAGCCGAGAAAGUAAUGGAAGUUCUUCAAGGUUUU